CUUAUAUACAAACAGCCUCUACCCUCGUCACAAUUUCCUCACUCUCCUCAAUAUUGAACAACCAUAAUCAAACCAAUUAUAUUCAACUCAGUGAAUAAAAUCUAGGGAGAAAUUGAACUAAAAUGUCUACUAAAGGUCACUGCAAUUGUGGGAGUGUCAAGCUUAUACUAAACGAGCUACCCAGCUCCUGCAUUCUAUGCUACUGUGGCAAUUGUCGACGAGCAGGAGGAUUGUGUUCGGCGAAUUACAACAUGGCAGUGUCAAAUAUCUCUCUGCAAGACGACUCGGGUGCCUUGCGAACGUAUGAAGACCACAAUACGACAAGUGGAAAUGUACAACAUGUAAGUAGAGUGCAUGUUCCGAAACUAUUGAGGCUUCAAAUGCUGAAUCUCAAUAGAGAAAAUUCUGUGGAAAUUGCGGAUGGUAUAAUGCACCUCUUGAAAAUCCCAGAGCGUCUUUCUGAUACUUUUUUCUACUUGGAAGUUUUCACCGAGCAGAAGCCGGCGUGGUUAAGAGCAUUAACUAAUUAGUCAAUGAAUGGAGGGGACUGUCACAGCUG